AAGAAUUAAAAGUGGGGGAGAUUUGAUUUGUCUCGUACAGUAMAGAAAGCCAGCCAAAUUCCAAAUCCUUUCCAUUUCAGUACACUAAAAACCAAAAUAAUCCCCUUUCCAGUUCCUCCCCCAUUGAAUUCUCAGACGAGUACCGCACGUUUCCAGAUAUCUUUUUAACCAAACCAACUUGAUUAGACCAAACAGUAUCACCUACUGAAGAGAAAAAAGAAGAAGAAGAAGAGAGAGAAGGGAUAGGUUUCCAAAUGUACUGUGGAAGGAGAUAUGGACGUGUACCUGGUUUUGGUUUAGGAGGGUACUAAUGCCUCGCUGUCUUGCAUGUGAAGAGGUUGUGGCUUUCUCUCUCUUUCUCUGUUAUUUGCAUCAUCAACACUAUAAACCCACCACACCCAACUGGCACUUCUUUUAUAAUUUUGAUUCAUUCAUUCAUUCAUUUCACUCCCCCACCCCCACACCCAUUCAACCCCAAGAGUCAGGACAAAACCCUGUUUUUUCUUUUGGGAUUUCGGUUCAAUUUUACUCGGCUUUGGUGAAAAACCUGAGAUAUAUAUAGAUAGUGGAAAGGUUGUGGAAAGGUUCAUMGCUCUGGGUUUUUUUGGUUCCAUCCUGAACCCCCUGCCUCUGGUUUGUUUAAUUUGGCCUGUUGCACACCACCUGUUUGAUAAUUUUCCUGAGAGGGAGAAGUAUUUGGGGAUUAUGGAUUUGUUGGGUUCUGAGUGUAGUAGUGGGUGUGAGUCUGGUUGGACUCUGUAUUUGGAGCAGUCUUUUCUUUCACAUGGCGGUUCUGAUCGCAUGGUUGGGGGAGAGGGUGGUUUCUGUGAUGGAUAUUGGAAGGCUAAAGCUAGUGAAGAAGAAGAAGAGGAGGAGGUUGAGGACCUUUCUAUGGUUUCUGAUGCUUCUUCUGGGCCUCCACAUUUCAUAGAAGACGACGCUUGCUCCCAUGAAGAAGAUGGCCAUUUUUCUCGUGCUUCUAAGUCUGCCACAUUGGGGAAGAGGAAGGGGAAGAAGCAGAAGAUUAAAGAGUAUCAGUUCCAUGAGCCUUCUUCUUCCUUCCUAGAUGACACUGCUAGUUCUCCUGCUCUCAACUUCACUCCUAAUAAUUUCACCAAUCAAGCCUCAAUGGACAGCUUCAUGGACUUCUCUCAAACUAGUCAUUUUGAGGAAAGAUCAGCAUUUACAGACCACUUUGGUUUCCUCCAAUCUUCUCUAUCAGGAAACAGAAUGCAAAAGAACCAGUGGUUUGAAGGGAAAGGAAUGGGGAUGAGAUGAGAUGAGAUGAGAUAGUUGGCUUUAUUUUGGAACACUUUUUUCUGAAGCUGCUAAUGUAGUUUUGCUGCUCUCAAAAAUGUGUGGGAGAUUGUCCAAUGUAGAGGGAAAUGGAUCUGAAGAUAUGGGUUUUGUUUUCCCUGCUUUCUCUUUCUUUCUUUCCUUUUUUUAACUGUCAAUGCAAUGGGAAACAACCUCAGUGCAAAAAGUUGGAAAUGGGAUUUUAUUCUUUUGGAAAUUCAAUUUCUUGGUCAAUGAACAGUGUCUCUGAUUAUUUGCUCAA